GUUUCUUUUUCUUUUUUUAGUCAUGUCUCAGGCUGUACAGACAAAUGGCACGCAACCAUUGAGCAAAACAUGGGAACUCAGCUUAUAUGAACUUCAAAGAACACCUCAGGAAGCUAUAACAGAUGGCCUGGAGAUAGUGGUGUCACCCCGAAGUCUCCACAGUGAGCUAAUGUGUCCCAUUUGUUUGGAUAUGCUGAAAAAUACCAUGACUACUAAGGAAUGCCUACAUCGAUUUUGUGCCGAUUGCAUUAUCACAGCCCUUAGAAGUGGAAACAAAGAAUGCCCUACUUGUCGUAAAAAGCUUGUUUCCAAAAGAUCUUUGAGACCAGAUCCAAAUUUUGAUGCCCUCAUCAGUAAAAUUUACCCAAGUCGUGAUGAAUAUGAGGCUCACCAGGAGAGAGUUUUAGCAAGGAUCAGCAAGCACAAUAAUCAGCAGGCUUUGAGCCACAGCAUUGAGGAGGGCCUGAAAAUCCAAGCCUUGAACCGGUUACAGAGAGGAAAGAAGCAACAAAUAGAGAAUGGCAGCGGAGCAGAAGACAAUGGCGACAGUUCGCAUUGCAGCAAUGCUUCAACCCACAGCAAUCAGGAGGCUGGACCAAGUAACAAAAGGACCAAAACCUCUGACGAUUCUGGGCUUGAACUGGACAAUAACAAUACAACAGUUGCCAUAGACCCAGUACUGGAUGGCGCAAGUGAAAUAGAAUUAGUUUUCAGACCCCAUCCUACGCUUAUGGAAAAUGAUGACAGUGCGCAGACGAGGUAUUAAACGGUUCUUUUUCCUUGGAGUUGGUCAGUGAAAAGUACUGGAAAGUGAAUAAGCCGAUGGAGCUCUACUACGCACCAACAAAGGAACACAAAUAAGCCUUAUAAAAAAGGGUUGUUUUGAAUUGGAACAAUAAUUGCUUUUAUAUCUUUGCUUUUAAGUUGAAGUACCAUUCUCUGCAUCAUGGACAACUGCACAUGGACUUGGAUUCCCCAAUGAGUAUCUUUAGGCAGUAUUUUGUGUGAUAUUUAACUUAUAUUUUUCUUUCUGAAGAACUGAAUGAUCAGAACAUUCCAUUGUUACUGUCGUAUGUGUUCUUUUGAUUUGGUGGCUCUUGGUUCAUGUGCGUGAAGUUAGUGGCAGCAAAAUCUCUUUGGAACAUGGAAUGUUGGAAGGCUUUGGAUGAGCAGACUCCACUAGCAUCUUGAUGUACAUUGACAAAGGAAGAAGAGGUGUGAUAAUUCUGUUAAGUUACAUACGAUUAAGAAUAGGUCUGCUAAUAAAUAACUAAUUCAGAUGCUAAAGAAGAAGCAGGCUGGAAGAUAGAUUUGCUCACAGCGGUACCUGAAUUCUUAUGUAAUGCCCUGUCAUUCUGCUUUGUAAAUAAAAAAAGCCACCUCAUAUACAACAUUGUCUUCGUUCCCAGUGUCCAUGGGAAUGCAAGCUACUCCUUUUCCUGUUUUCAUCGUAUUAAAGGUAAAUUAUUCUUUCCAACUUCACACGAUAGCUAAGACAGCACUAACUGUAAUACUGUUGCAUUACUUAAUUGCAGUUUAAAGAGUGAGAUACAACUAGCUCUGGAAAAGACUUUAUAGAAUGAGCAUACAUUUCUGAGGCAAGUUCCAAAUUUUAUUAAUCACAGUUCCUGAAGAGCUGAUGAUGUUACAAUCAUAUUAACAUUCCCAGAAAAAAAGGGAAAAAUAUACUGAUUUGUACUGAUACUGCUAAAAAAUAGAAAUCAAUGAUGCAAAUGUUGACAAAUUUCUUUGAAGAAACUUUCCCAUGUCAACUAUACUUGGCACUUGUACAAGUAAAUGCAAUGUGGAUUGUAAUGAUCUUUAAUUUUGAUAGGCUCAAAACUAUAUUUACAUAUCGCAUCUUCCAGAUUUCUGUAAGUCAGUUAUCUAUGACAGUAGAAGACUUAUCCUUCUGUAUGCCUGAUGAUGUAAAAAAAACAACCCUUCUUUUCACUGAAACGUUGAGGGUUUUGAAUAUGCUAAGAAAUGUUACAGAAAAGUGUGGACUUGUAGGGGAUUAGCUUCAAUAUUUACCAACUUCUCACGGUUGGUCUAAAAAUUAUGAUCUAGUGUAAAAGUCAAAAAAUCAAUUACCACAGUUCAAAGCUGCAAAUAUGCCUACUAAUUCAAAAGAUCUGAUGAUCAUACAAAAGAAAAAGCUUUAUGGUACUCCGUUCAAUGUUAGAGGUUCCUGAUUUUUUUUUAACCAGUUUGUGCCAUGACAGCUAUAAAUCCAAGCUGGGGUGGGGUGGUGGGGUGGUGAAGAUGUAUCAUGCUUAUUCAGUUUUGUUCAGUAUUUUUGGUGUAAUGUACAAACUAUAUAGCUUGCUAGUGCAUGUCCACUAAAUAUAAUCACAUUUCUUUUUAUGUGAAAAAUGGUUUUGUAUAAGCAAACAUCAGGUGCAAAAAAAGCUUGCUUUUAUAACCCAUCCAAGAAAUUGUUUAGCCCUAGAUGCAGAUCAAAUAUAGCAUUCUGAAAAGAUUUUAUCUGUCUAGGGGGAAGGUACAUUGUUCCCAAGUUGGUGGGAAAGAAUGUGAAUUUUUAACUUCUGUUAUGGUGAAUUCGAUAAGUAUUUAUAUUUACUUAAAUAUAUAAAGUAGCUGUUUUAAUCAA